UUUGCUUCUCAGAUUUAAGUUUUCUGAUUCUGAUUGUAAUACCCGAUUUAGUCUCAAAUAACAAUUGAACUGUUUAUUGUGUCAAAUUCAAUUUCAAUUUGGAGUCCUUAAGAUUAUCCAAUGUGUAUCAGCCAGAUUUUGGGUUGUUGUGGGGAAGUGAGCUAUUUUGAUGAAAGAUCACGGAUCCUUGCAAAACAUGCCUGAACCUGGCAAUUUCACGAAUUAAGCUGCUGCAAAACAAGAGAGAUAUCCAACUGAAACAAAUGUGCAAGGAGAUUAGCCAAUUCUUGCAGGCUGGCCAAGAGGCAAUUGCUAGAAUUAGGGUGGAGCAUAUCAUACGAGAACAAAAUACAUGGGCUGCAUAUGAAAUAUUGGAGUUGUUCUGUGAAUUUGUUCUAGCACGUGUACCUAUAAUUGAGAACCAGAGGGAGUGCCCCACAGAAUUGCGAGAAGCCAUUGCAAGUAUAAUUUUUGCUGCUCCUAGAUGUUCAGAUGUACCAGACUUAUUGCACAUCAAGAACUUGUUUACCACUAAAUAUGGGAAAGAAUUUGUCUCUGCAGUAUCUGAACUUCGUCCUGAUUCGGGCGUGAACCGCACGAUCAUCGAAAAGCUUUCAGUUAGUGCUCCAUCUGGAGAGGUAAAACUCAAGGUCUUGAGGGAGAUUGCAGAAGAAUACAAUAUAGCAUGGGAUUCUUCUAAAACUGAGGCUGAAUUUAGGAAAAACCAUGAAGAUCUCCUGGGUGGAGCAAAACAAGUUAGUGCUGGAGCUACGCUUUCUCAUACUCCCAACAGAAAUGGUUCUAAUAAUCCAUCACCUCGUAUUACGGAACCUUCUAUCAAGUCUGUGCAUGCUAAGCAAGAAUAUAAACCCCUUGAAGCUCCCAGCCCUUCUAACAAUAAUUCUUUGUUGAAUACUAAUGAAAUCGAACAUUCGCACGAAAAUAAUGAUGUUCCUGCUGGAGAUGCUAAAAGUGAGAUAAGAUUUCAAUCCUCUGAUGUACUGGAGAAGGCGCGGGCUGCCAUUGCUUCUGCAGAUCGUGCAUCUGCAGCUGCUCGUGCUGCUGCUGCACUAGUUCAGAGUAAUUUUGGAUCAUUGAAACUGGGAGGUAAAUAAACCUUCACAUCGAUGAAAUGCUGCCCUCCCAGGAUCUUAAUGCUGGAAAAAAAUGUCAAGAACUAAAUGCCAAAAGAGAAAAUUAUGUUCUUUGUUACGGAGGUGUCAGCUUCACACAGUGAUUCUAUGUAAUAAGAAUUGUGUCGUAUUGCAUUGUACAUUCGAUAAUCAAUACAUGUAUAUCAUUGUAACGGAACGGAAUACUGAACAGUGUGAACUUUUCUAAAUCUUCGUGUUUCUUGCGACUGCGGAUCGUAGUGUAUCAUGGAUUGAUAGAUGUUAUUUCUAAGUAAUUUAAACAUCAGUUUUACCCAGGAAA